AUGGGCCUGACUCGUUCAUGGCAGCGCCCCACAACAUGGAACUCUGCGAUCGACGCUUUAGCAUGUCUCGAGUUGGAAGGCUUAGAAACUUCCCCACGCGCAGUGGGGGGAGCUGCAGCCCGGCUGGCGAAGCAGGGGCAAUGGGUGAGGCUGUUGGAGCUGUUGGUGAUCAAAAGUUCCAAAAACUUCCAACCAGAUCUGAGGAUUGCUGGCUGCUGUCUCUGGAGCCCCUGGCCCCAUGCCCUGCAUCUGCUGGCGCACCUGGCGUCGAACCUGGCCGCGGCCAGCGAUGCGGUGCUGCACAGCAGCGCCAUGAAGACAUUGGGGAAGCGCUGGCGACGAGUGCUGAGGCUGUUGGAGGAGCCCGGCUACCAGCUGAACCACAUCCACCUGAGUCUCCUUAUGGUAUCCUCCAGCCACGACAGCCACGACAGCCACGACGGCCCCGACGGCCACGACACCUGGCGCCUGGCGACAUCUCUGCUGCCUUGGUGGCGACAGCGGGGCGCCGCUGAUGGACCCAUGGUGAGCUCUGGCAUCGCUGCGUGCAACCAGGGAAGGCAAUGGCAGUUGGGUGCCGCAAUCUUUCAGGAGAACAGGAUGCCUGGAAGAUCCCGGGCCACCUCUGAAGUCAUUGGAGCCUUUGACUUAGGUCCCAGGCAGUGGCCCUGCAGCCUGGCCCUUUUUGCUUCCCUCUGCCACUGGCGCGGAAGCGUCAGAAGCGUCGACGUCGCCUGCCUCACGCGUGCCGUGGGCAGCGCGGAGCGGCAGAGCGCCUGGCGAAUUUCCUUGGACCUCCUUGCAAGAGGUCAGCAGUUCACUUGGGACUUGCUGACCUUCAAUCUGGCACUGAACGUCUAUGGUCGAAGCAACUGGCGAUCCGCCCUGGCGCUACUUUUCUCAACGUCUGAUGGUCCCUCACCGGAUGCCGUGUCCUAUGGCUGCCUGGUGCAGACCUGUUGCAGGGCGCAGGAGAUGGAGAAAGCCCAAGAGUUGGUGAAGGAAGCCGACAGCCAAGGUGCCUUGAGCCCCGUCACCUGGACCCUCCUGGCCUUGGGCGCACGCUGGUCCUCCGCCGCCCAGCUGCUGGCGGCCGCGCGGCAGCGGCGCCAGGUGGACGCCACGCUGCACCGGGCGGUGAUGAGUUCUUGCGAGGCACCUGGUCGCUGGCGUGAAGCACUUCAACUGCUGCAGCAGCUAGCCCCUGCCGACGCCACUGCGGUGGCUUUUGGCUCCAGCAUUGCGGCUUGUGGAGUUCCAACGUGGAAGGAAGCCUUGAGCCUGUUGGAAGUGGCAGAAACCAGGCUUGUGCCGGUGGCAUCCAUACAACUGGCCGCCGCCCUCAAGACAGUUCUGCGCUGGCGGGUGGUGCUGGCACUGGAGGAUGCCUAUCACUGCGGGGACAUCAUCAGUUGCGAGCUGGCAGUCUCCAGCGCCGUGCUCGGAAGAUCCUUUGUGCCCAUUGGAAGGCUCUUGGAUGAAGCGACAGACUCAUCCUUGGCGUUGAUGAACUACCUCAUGGGCUGUAAUUUCCCUUCUGGCGCUGCUGGAAGCAGAAGAGUUGUGGCAGAUGGAUCAAAAUGGUGCGGAUAG